CUGAGCACAGCGUUGCAAUGGCCCCUGCACUGUAUGAGCAGACUAGACUUAUUAUUCGAUAGUAGAACGGCCUCAAGAUGUCAACUUCUUCAAAAAUAUGUUCACCUUCGGUUGCGACUUUGCCUAGAAAUUUUGUGCUUACCGAAGCCAUGAAUCCUCCAAAUAGAUUAUUGCCACCCUUCUCUGUCGACUCCUGCCCUUUCUCAAGUGGACAUCAGCUGCCGGAUACAUGUAACAAUGAGCCAAUCCUUCCAGCAACGUAUCGCCGCCGAGCCGACGGCUCAAUCCAAAUCUGUCAAACUUGGAAGACCUUUUUGGACUCAGAUAUGAAUAUGGAACGAUUAAAUGCAGUACAUCAGCAUCUAUGGUUUGCUGGGCUUCCUGUUUGCGCUCGCCCGCUGCAUCGGCAACGGAUAAUGGAACGCCAGGUGGUCAUCACCGAGCAAGCUGACCUGCAUUUACUAUGGCUGGAGUCGCGCAUUUUUAUCAAGCCUCUACCGGCUUACCUCUUGAACUACGAUUUCUGGAAGACGAACAUUUGUGACGAUGUAGAAUUGCAUACCCGUGCAUGCGGUUUUCUACUCUCAUAUGCCUGGCUUGUAAGUCAUCCAAGCGACCUCGAAAUGGCAAUGGAGCUCGGUCUUCUUCCAUGGAAGAUCAGCUGGGUAAACUGGACCGCUUUUGUAAGGGAGUUCUUUCCAAAAGCUGGCCCAGAGGCUGUCAACAAACGUUACCACUACGGCGAACUACGACUGAACAGACUCAACAUGAUCUAUCGUCUUACUCACCUGACCGAUCUCAAGUUCCUACUCGAUGGUUACAUGACUGGUUAUAAUCGUUAUAGCGUUUUUCUUUAUCGCAACUUUUCGUGGAUCUUUGGAUUUUUCGCUUAUAUCACUAUCGUCUUGACAGCAAUGCAGGUGGGCCUGGGAACAAAACAGCUACAGAGCGGCAGUUUCGAGAGAGUUUCAUACGGGUUCACUGUUUUCGUCAUGCUUCUCUCCUUGCUCUUUCUUGUCGCAAUCCCUUCUAUACUACUUUUUCUUUUUCUAUCGAACCUUGUGGUUACAUGUCGGUUUCACAAAACGCGAAAGGGAGGGAGAUCUGUCUGAUACGGAGGAUAUUGCUUUCAUCUGUGUACGUAGGUAUGUGUAUGUGAGUUCUUCGACAAUAAAAUCAAAUCUAUCUGUCA